AUGGCCGUGUUCCUGGGGGAGUUGGAGGGUCGUCUGACCUUCCCCAAGGGUGAAGCAGGUGGGAGCAUGAUCGAUCAUUUUUGUCGCUUCAGCCAGUGUUCUCCGUCGUGCCUUUCGGAUGCGAGUGGUGACGCUAGUGUGUUUGAGAUUUCCCGUUACCGUGACCAUGCUGCUCUGUUCACUGAUGGAUCUCAGGUCAUGCACGCACGAAAUGGGGUGAUCACGGACCUAUCGAAUGGGACCUGCGACAGCACGGAGUCAGUGGAGUAUUUGCGGGACGCAGGCCUGAGGGUAUGCAAGCGAGGGAUGUCCCCCACGGUUGUGUGUGCCCCCUUUCUUGGCGAGGCUGUUGAGCUUCAGUUUGGUUUGCUUUGCCUUGUACAUUUUGUUGGGGAUGAUGGCCUGUGCUUAGGAGAGUGCAGUGAUGAUGCGAGGUCGGUGGUCUAA